AUGCGCGUGAUCGACCGUGAUCCUACGCCCCACAACUUGCAUGUGGAUCUCCACACUGAACUACGGAUGGUGGGUCCGUAUCCUUUCUUCCUUCCCAAGACGAUGCCACUAUUCAUCCGAGAUGUCCCUGGAAUAGUCCUUCCCCUCACACCAAUGCCUUCUGGCCCACUCGACGAAUUAUACCCUUCAGCUGAGAAUUCAUGCGCAAUUUCCAUUCAUAUCGUCCUGAUCGUCAUACAAGGUGUUGACAUCCUGUCUAGCCCUCUAUCACCAUUUUUCAUCGUUGCAGCUUUCAUUGCAUACUCUGGCACCAUCCUGAUCAUCGUGUAUGCGAUCUGCUUCCUUUCGAACAAGGGUGUAAGUGGGGAGUUUGUGUUUAGCGAUGAACAUUUGCUGGAAGGAUAUGAGAAGAGGGACAGCGCAUGGCUGCUGUUCAGCCUAUCUGCUUCAUUUCCAUCUGCAUCGAUCACGUACGAGAUGAAUCUCUAA